GUCAUAUCGGUGUGCCCUUUCUUGUCCAUCUGUCCACCUGUGUCUCUAUUUGGCCUCUGGCCCUAUGCAGUUGUUGCGGCACGCACGGUUGCCGCCUCGAUUGUCCUUGCAGCGGGGAGUCGCCAUCCUGGUGGCCGCGUUUGCGCCACCCUCCGACAUUGACGUUCAUCAUCAUCGUCGUACAGCAGCCGUCGUCGUGAUGGCGAGCACCAGCACCAGCAGCAGUCCGAGCGAUAAGCUUGAUAGGUACGCCAGGGCCACGGGAGGGCCGUGGUCGCUGGAGCCAGCAGUGGCGCUGGAGCGUCUCGUGCCUGAGCUUGGGAACGACCGAUACAAGGGGCAGCUGGGAAGGGUGGGCGUUUUCGGGGGCUCCGAGGACUACACGGGAGCGCCCUUCUUCGCGAGCAUGUCGGCGCUCCGCAUGGGAGCGGACCUGGCGUACGUCUUCACGGCGAAGGAAGCGGCACCCGCGCUCAAGGCCUACAGCCCAGAACUGAUGGUUACCACCGUCUACAGCGGCGACAUGCUCACGGGCGGCUCGGCCACGGGGACGCGAGGAGACGACAAGGGCGAUAACGAGAGCGAUUUCUGCUCCGCUGCCCUAGCAAGACCCAUCGCCGACAGCGUCUCGUCGAGGCUGCCCAAGCUCCACUCCCUACUGCUGGGGCCCGGGAUGGGCCGCCACCCCACCGUCAUCGCCGCCGCCGCGGGGAUCGUUGCGAGCGCUAGGGGGCGGGGUCUUCCGUUGGUUCUCGACGCCGACGCCAUCGCGAUGGUGGUGGACGACCCCGGCACGAUCAGAGGCUGUACCCUGGCCGUCCUCACGCCCAACGCGAACGAGUUCAGGCUGUUGUGCGAGAGGAUGGAGCGUGACAGUGGUGGGGAGGGUGGGGAACGGACGCGACACGGAGAGGCGUUGCAGUCGCCGUCGGGUGUUGGCGAGGCAAGAGCAGCAGGGGGAGAUGUGGCGACAGCAGCAGUAGCAGCAGUAGCAGGAACAGUACCAGCACCAAGACCACCGGCACCGCCUGUGCCCGCGGCAGACGUAGCUCUGAAGGUGGAGCGGUUGGCCAGAUAUCUGGGUGGGGUGACGGUCGUGCUGAAGGGCAAGGUGGACGUUAUUUCCGACGGCGCGCGAACGGUAACCUGCGCGGUCCCGGGGGGCCUGAAGAGGUGCGGCGGGAUCGGUGACGUCCUUUCCGGGGUCACCGCCACCGCUCUCGCGUGGGUUCACGUGCAGGAUUUCGAGGGGGAAGAGGCUAAAGAGCUCCGGCUGUGGGCCGCUUGGUGGAGCUGUGCCAUGGCGAGGCGUGCCAGUCGAAGAGCUUACGAGGCCAAGGGCCGGGCGACGUCGGCAACGGAUGUCUUCGAGAACAUCGGGAUCGUGUUCGCCGAGGUUUCUCCGUCCCCAGAGGUCGAGGAUCCCUAAAACGAUUGAUUGCUGGGAAAGUCAGUUGGGGAUGGGGGGGGGUGCAGCCGCAGGGCCGCUGUCGGAGAGGUGUAUUUUGAUUCAUUCCUCCACCUACAGUAGUCUCCUCUGUGUGGAUAGAGGGAGGUCUGACUGCAAUUUGAGUCUUGUCUAUUUUUGUAGCCGUGUUGGAAGGCCUGCAAGUAUCGUGUGUUGUUCGUUGUGUUCGCGUCUUGACAACCCUGGGCUGGGAGCAAGCCUGACAACAAUCGUUUUGCUGUUUGUUGUGGCUGUAGCGAUGUCCCAGGGAGGCUUGAAUAUCGCACUGAGAUGCCCUGUACCGGAAUCAAUCCCACUGGCAAAUGCCUCGUGAUGAACAUUGCCUGCCUCCCGUCCUCCCCGUGUCGUCGAGCGCUUCUUGCAGUUUUGCAUGGUUGGCUGUGCACUCCGACUCGAUAUCGGGGCACUUGGGAGAUAUAAAUGUAUAUAUUUUUAUAUAGAGAGAAUCACACGAACGUGAAUGCGGUAGUUGCACCCCGUCCGGUAGGCCUAUCUUGUAGGCAUCCUCGGCAAAGUGGCUGCCAAGUUGGGAAUUCGAUCUUGAAGAAGGGGUCUUUUCUGCGCGUUUCGUACCACCAAGUCUACUGCUGCUGCUGCUACGAUAAGAACCCUCGUCCUUUCAAGCGCUCCUUGUUGCAGGAUGGGUAAGAAAAGGGUAGAGCGGUAUUGAGUAUUUCCGCUUGCCGGACCCAACCGGCACUACCAACUACCAUGGUACGGUACGGUACGGUACGGUAGAGGACAGUUCGCAAGGUAAGUUUUGUCCUCUCCUCACGUCGAGAAGGGGACCAAACGAACCCUACAUUUUGUCCUCCGUCGUACAAGUAGUUGAUCUGCCACCCUCGAUCCAACCGAUGACAGAUAUGAGCACUUGAAAUGACGAGGUUUCUUGUUUCUAGUGUAGGCUUGGGCCGGCUGAUGGAGAGACGUGCAGGUCAAACUUGUUGCGUCGGCCUCGUAAGGGGGACAUUGGUGCGGACUGGUGCUGGGUGCGGAGAAGCGAGGGAGGCAGAGGAAUGCUGGCGGAGGAAAUUGUGCGACGGCGAGCGGACGAUUACGUGGGUGCGGUGGGCAGGCAAGAGGGCACGCCACCGCUACGUCCAAAAACAUGUACUGUAUACAUCACAUACGCUUUUGGACUAUUGACUGCAUGCAGAUCGAGGUGAACUAAA